GUGGAGAACGAACUUGUGGUGUACAUGAGCUAAUCUGCAUUAGAAAAGUGUCUCCUGAAGCAAUUGGAUUCCUGUCUGCUGUUGGUGUGUUCAUUAUCCUCAUGUUGCUCCUUUUUCUAUAUAUUAAUAAGAAGAUGUGUUUUGAAAAUGUUGGUGGUUUCCCAGAUCUUGAUUCAGGAUACACUACAAGAAAGAAUUCACAAGAUAAACUUUGUUAGAAUAAAAAUGCAUAUUUACUUCUUGCACAGUUGUAUUAUUUUUGAAAAUAAUCAAUUUUAUUAUGGUUAGUUGAUGCUGCAAUUGAUGGAAGACUGUCACUUUGCUACUUGAUUUUUGGCUUCAUUUGAAGAUACUUAUGUUGCUCUCAUUAUUAUUGUCAAUGCAUAUUGAAUGGAAAGAACAAAGCUGCAACUUCACCUGCUAAAUAUGUUAAGUUUGAGGUAACAAAAGCAAAUAGCUGUGAAAUUGAACUUGGAGAAAUGGAGAUGAUCUGUUUGUGAAACAGAAGACCUUUCUAUAGAAAAGUUGUUGUUGAUCAAUACAUUGGACAAAUGGCGUUUUUCAGGAACUUGCACCAAAAUCUGAGCCUUCCAUCUGUGUCUUCUCUGGUUGAUACGCUUAGCAAUGCUGUAGAUGAUCUGACCAAUGCUGUUGGAGAAGUCAGCUACACUGUAGCUGAUUCAGUAACAGAACAAGUAACAAGCAUGAUAAAUGGCCUUCGCGCAGAGGAUGAAAGCUCCAAAGUACAGAAUGGUAAACCUAUGGAUGGUAGAGAGGAAACACUAUUAUUAACUCAUUCCAAGGAAAUUAAUAUGAAGGAAGAAAGUAGUACUGCAGAACAUAAAGAGACUCAUUAUCCUAAUUCAUUAGAUCUUGUAAAAAAAGAUCUAAAUCAAGCCCAUGUCAUAUGCAAAAACCAGUGCCCAUUAAAAGGCAGAGAUGGUAACAAUCAUUUUAAUGAUGCAGAAGUGCCUCAGGAUUUGAAAAAUGUAGGAAGAACUGUUAAAAGGGAAGCAGUAGGAGGAAAUCAGUAUUUAGUAAAUAAGUUCUCAAAGGAUAGUAACCUGAAAAGUAAUAAAUUUACAGUGGAUGGUUCUAUCAAGGGACAAAAUAAUUGCCUACAUGCAAUAUCAGGUAAUUCUAAGAAUCACUUGCAAGGAAAAAUCAAACCACAAUCAUCUGGAAUUGAUUUUAAGGAUUCCGAAGAAGUGCAUAGGAUGAAUGUUUCCCAAGAUUUAGAAACAAAAGUGAAUGAAGUACAAAAGCAAAAAUUAUCAGAUUCCAGCUUGAAAAAGACAGACGACGAUCCUUCCUUAACAGAAAGGAAAUCUGAAGCAAAAGAAAGGAACUCUGAAGCUUUUUUUGACAGAAAAGGAAAACCUAUAACAAAGGAGGAAGAUAAUACAUCAGCUACACUUACAAAAGCAGGUAAAAAGAAAAAUCCUAAGAAAGCAGAGAAAAGUUCAAGAGAGCUAAGUAAUAAGAGGACAACAGAAAAAGACAACUCUUAUAUGAGUAAAGACCAGCAUGGCUCAUCAUCUGAGAGUGAAGAUGAAGCACUGGGUAAAUAUCAUGAGGCCUUGUCUAGAACCCAGAGUUCCAGGCUGCCAGUGGUGGAUGGCAGACAGCAAAAAAACUAUGUAUGGGAGACCAGGCAAAAAUAUAGUCCUCUGUCUGCAGAAUAUGAUGGAUAUAGUAGUGAAGCUUCCAUAGAUGAAGCGAACUGCAUUCAGAGGAUGAGAAGAACACCUCCACUAGAUGAACUGCAGCCACCUCCAUACCAGGAUGACAGUGGUUCUCCUCAUCUUUCAUGUACGCCCUCUGAAGUUGGAGACAGUAAAUGUGAAUUUUCCCAGUGUAGCAACAGUCCAAGAUGUUCAUAUAAGUGCCCGAGUGAGGGAAGCACAGGACACGAAAUAGAAAGCUUCCAUAACAAAGGCUAUGAAGAGGAUGUACCAAGUGAUAGCACAGCUGUCCUUAGUCCAGAGGAUAUGUCAGCUCGAGGAUCAUCUUCGCAGCUUCCUAAACCUUUUGAUCCUGAGCCAAUAGCUAAAUAUGGCACACUGGAUGUGACUUUUGACUAUGACUCACAGGAACAGAAGCUUCUGGUGACAGUGACAGCUGUCACAGACGUUCCAACAUACAGCAGGGCAGGUGGAAGCUCAUGGCAAGUACACCUAGUUCUUCUCCCUAUAAAGAAACAGAGAGCAAAAACCAGCAUCCAGCGGGGACCGUGCCCUGUCUUCACAGAGACAUUCAAAUUUAAUCACGUUGAGUCUGAGAUGAUUGGGAAUUAUGCAGUUCGUUUUAGACUGUACAGUAUACGUCGCAUGAAAAAAGAGAGGAUUGUGGGAGAGAAGAUUUUUUACUUAACAAAAUUGAAUCUUCAAGGGAAGAUGUCAGUACCAGUGAUAUUGGAACCUUCUUACAGUCUGUCUGGUUGCGACUCCCAAAUGAGCAUGUCAGAAGUGUCCUGCAGUGAAAGUACCUCCUCUUGUCAGUCUCUGGUACAUGGCUCAGCUCCAGAAAUCCUCAUUGGCCUCCUUUAUAAUGCUACAACUGGAAGAUUAUCAGCAGAAGUGAUAAAAGGCAGCCACUUCAAAAACUUGGCAGCAAACAGACCACCCAACGGACUGUUCUGUUGUCUAAAACACUUGAUAGGUGGACAGGUUUAUAUAAUCCGAGAUACAUAUGUUAAAUUAACACUGCUGAACUCCAUGGGGCAAGAGAUGUCCAAAUGCAAAACUUCAAUCCGCCGAGGGCAACCAAAUCCAGUAUACAAAGAAACCUUCAUUUUUCAAGUGGCAUUGUUUCAGCUGUCAGAUGUGACACUCAUAUUGUCUGUAUAUAAUAAACGCAGCAUGAAACGAAAAGAGAUGAUAGGGUGGAUUUCCUUAGGUCUCAACAGCUCAGGAGAAGAUGAACUCAAUCACUGGACUGAAAUGAAGGAAUCUAAAGGACAACAAGUAUGUAGAUGGCAUACUUUACUAGAGUCUUAAUGGAUGGUACAAAAUACAGUCGUGGUUUAAGGGAGUUUUGUCUUUCAAGAAGAUCAUCCCUUGGUCACAAUCAAGAGAUUUGUUGUGGAAGUAAAAAAUUGAAAAUUGAAGUCAACAUUCCAUCUUAAAGGAUGCACAACAUGCAAAAUGGAGCGAUUUAAUAUAUCAUCUUCACUUAGUAUCAGACACUUUGCUGGUGUCAGAGAAACCUUACUUUAUACAAAUAUGCUAGCAGUCCCUCCCCCAUCUACCUGAUGCUGUAUUGGUUUGGGUUUGUUUUGUGUUUUUCAAUUCAGAAGUAUUUUAUGUAAGACUCUCCAAAUCAGUGUAAGCUCCUCCUUGUGUACUUUUCUUAUUUCUGUAAUACUGUAGCUUCUGACCUGCCUGCAUUCAGAUUAAGGGUCAAUAAUUUGCACUACAUAAAAAAAGAAAAAGUUAUUAGUCUGUAUAGCAAAAAAAAAAGCCAAUGGAGAAGAAAAUUUAGAAAUAUAGCAAAUAUGAAUAUACUGUUGUUUUACGCUGAAUUUCUUUCCAGGAGCUUAGUACAAGUAAGUUUUAAUUUUUAAUAUGCAGUUGGUUUGAAAAAUACUAGCAUUGAGGCAUCAGGUGAACUUUGACAUAAAAUAAGAGUUUCUUCAAUCUGUGACAGGAACGAGCUCUGUACGUGGCAUAAAUUGGGUCUUCCCUCUUGCCUGUGCUUCUGCCUAAUCCAAAGAGACCAGAUCAUUAGUUUGGUCCCUUCCAAAUCUCCUUAGACAGGUUGUACUGUAAAAUUGUGUAACUUUCUGUUGAAAGCACUUCCUGUGUUCAUGUAUUCCAAUGUAGGAAGCUCAUAGAGCAUGACUUUACUAAAAUACCUUUUCAUUAAACAAAUUGAUACGGAUUUCUCUAAAAUGUCAGCAGUUAGAUCAAAAGACUGCGAAAGAAGUGGCAGCAGUUGAACUACUCAGAACAAACAGGAGAAGUACUAUGACUUUUGUUGAAGCAGACAUCCGUUUGAGCCUCUUAUGAGCUGUUUUAGGGAUUGCUGUAUGAUGUUUAAUGGAAGCAGAGAGCAGACCAGGAGUUUUUAUCUUUCUUCUUGGAGAAGAGAAUAUCAGCGAGUUACUUUUUUUUUUUUUCAAUGACUUGCCAGCAAUUGAAUAAAUGUCCACACCCAAAGGAGAAAUCUGCUUUGCUUAUGUUCAGGUUGGGGACUGCAGCUUUGUAAUAAUGACACGGUUGUGAAGCCACAUUAUCACGAGAAAGUUUGCCUUCAAAUAAACCCUCACAGCUUCCACUGAAAUUAGCAAAAUAUCUGUGUUUCUAAGAUUCCUGUUUGGCCCUAACAUUUUAACUACUGGCACACUAACUUAACUGACUGCCAGAUCCAAUUCAGAUUACUGAAGUUGUGGAUUUUCAUGUAGACAUUUAUUUAAAAUGCUUCCCAAUUCAUUUUGCCUGUGAUUAUAAGUUUCAUUUACUUUUAAUUGUUACUGUAUGGAAUGCAAGCAAAUUUAUACUUCUUAUAAAUUAUGAUGUCUUACUAAUAUGAGAACUCACUGGCUGUUGCAACACUUGGUGGGUAGAAGAGUGAAGUUUUGGAUUUUUUUUGUGAGAAUUAGUGGUAUUAUAUCCUUUAUAAUACUUUCAGCAAUCCUGGCUUUAGGAUAUAUAGUGAGAUUGGAGACGGUGAGUAUAUUAUAAUAAAGAUAUUUCGUGUGGUUCUCAAAUUCUCACACUACUUAACAAUUUCACGAGGUCCUCUUUAAAGGAUAUUGUAAUUCCACUUCUUAGUUUAUUUGGUGCCUUUUGAGGGGUUUGUUUGCAGAACCAGGUUUUCAGGUUUUAUUGAUUUAAAGAUUUAAAACACCUUAUUACACGACUUUUGUGUUCUGAUAUUGCACAGUUGUUUCAUUUGCAGAAGCCUUAUCUACUAAAUACAUAAAAUACCAACUUUCUUUAAGCAGAAAUCGUCUUGCACUGAUAUAAGUUGUGUCUUUCAGUCCUUUUUGUUGCUCAGGUUGUGAAAUGUAAUGUUAUGUGUAGAAUUUAAAAAAAAAUCAACAAUAAUUUUAUAAGCAUAAGUCAAAUGCUCAAAUUUUUCUAAUCCUUUUAGCUUUCUUUAUGAUAGAAGUGCUGACUUAAGAGCCCAUACUGAUACAAAGCAGUUUUUCAAUGCAUAUAGAAGGAUUUUUACUCAUUUGCUUUGUGGGUAUUGGGAUGCUCUUUCCUAAAGUUGAAAGUUAUCUGUUAAUGGUUGUCUCUUAUGUAGGUUUUUCUUUAUAAAAUAGCGUAGAGUACUUAACAGCAAGUCUUGAGCGAAUUAGUUCAAGCGGAGGGUUAAUAUCACCAUUAAACUAAUUAAGUCAGUUUGGAAGGUGCAGCAAGUAACCUGUUACAGAAUCCAAGCUGAACUAACAGUGUCAUGACUUGGGUUUCAGUUUGGAAGGUGCACUGCUUCAAUUUUACGUGCUAAUCAUUCAGAUUUAUUAGACAUUGAAAUCAUAAUUUAGACACAGCAGAGAUUUGUAACAGCCUAUGUUGGGUGCAUUUGGGAUGACUCCUCUUUCUAGAUCAUGUGACUUUUCCCAAGUUCUCUAGGUCCGAUUCGUGCUUCAGGAAAAAAAUGGUUUGGCUUUUUUGGAUUUUUACCGUAGAAAAGGUGGAAGUGAAUGUUUAACUUUAGGCAAUAGAAUAUGGGUUUUCCAUGCAAAACCAGUCACACCAAUAGUUGGAAUUCAGCAUAGGAUUGUUAUGAAUUAGUUAUAGUAUCAGUAGCUGUCAUGUUGCCUUUUUAUUCCUAGAGCCCAUUCUUUUGUUUGUCAUUUUGUUUUGCUUAUUGCUUUUUACAAAUCUAUACUCUUGUAUUUGAAAUCUGUCUUUAUCUAAAGUUUUGGUAAACCCUGCAUAGUGGCUCGUACAUAAAGUGUGUGUGUGGCGGGGGGGGGGUUGUGCAUUCAGUUAAGUCUCAAGCAUGGAACAGAAUAUAAAGAACAAAAUAAUGGAAACAAAUUAGAUUUGUGUUUUCCUCAGAGUGGCCACUGCUGGCUUUUUGUAGCUUUUUGUUAUUUACCUUUCUUCAGAAGCAUUAGUAGUACUUGGAAGAGCCUAUCAAAUUAUUUGACUACUUUUCUGUGUGCCAAUGUACCAUGUAAAGAUUAUAAUUCUUGAAUUGAAUGUUUCCUGAUAGUGUAGCCUUAAAUAAUUGUAGAACAAUGAAGUUCUUACAGAUUCUGUACUUGAAAAUAUUUCAUCCUUUCCGCAUCUAAUCUAUAUUUGGAUUAAAGUUUAGAACAUUUCACAUGGGUCUUCUCAAAGGUACGCUCUUCUUAAAGAGCUAUUAAUGAGAGAAAAGGUGGUUGGUUCCGUUUACACUCUGUGGUAAGGGCGAGACUGUGAUCCAACAGGCCAGUGCAGGCAAGUGCAAAAUCUCACUGUGCAGAAGGAUGAGAGGACAUACUGCUGCUGUAGGACAUAGCUGUUUCUUAUCUCUGUGGAGGCAAGGGAUAAGCAGAGCCGUGCUUCUGCUGCCCAUUCAGCUGGAGAGCACAGCCGAUCGAGCGUGCAGACAUCCGCUCGUAGUGGUGAGGUUCAAAGCUUGGUCCCUGCCGUGCUGCCUCGUGCUCAGAACUGAAGAGACAGCCACCUUGUAACCACGCAGUGAGGUCCGACUGCAAAGGCAGAAGUUAGGCAAGGUAUAAAUUCUACUACUUGAGAAAUAUAACAUAAUUUCUUAAUGUAAUUAAAAUCCUCUAACCUCAUUAAUAAUUAGAUUUCAAAUAUGGCGAGUCCUUGGAACUCACGUGUGUGCUGUUACUGGAGCUGAAGAUUCUGUUUAUCAAUUUAGUGAACGCUCAAGCUGAAAACGGAUUUUGCGGCAUCUACUGUAGAGAAUAUUUUCGCCUGUAAACUCUUGUAACCAUUCCUGAUGGCUAAUGUACUGCUGGCAUCAGUACCUUCCCAUAUUCCAUAUCUUUGGACCAAAUAUGUCUUUGUUGUUGACCUAAAAUUUGUAUUUGUGUUACUGAUAUUCUCUCUUUUCUCCCUAAUGACUUGCUCCUGUGAACUCCCCAGCAGCCUGAGAAACCUGCGGCAGUCACUUGACCUUGGCAGUCAGGAGCACUCUGCCCCUCUUGCAAUAAGGUGCUGGGGCAAUCUGGUGCAAAAUUUUAUGACUCGUUCAGCUCCUGAAGGUUUCUAAGAUGCAAAAUCUUUGGAGUUUUAGCAUGAUGAGGCAGAGGAAGAAAACCUCUUUUUUUUUUUCCUUUUUGCAAGGCUAUAAGAUGUUUUGAUGUACGAAUUGAAUACAGAUCACUGUUACAACACAAAAAUUCUAAAAAAGUUUAUGACGAAAUCAGAGAAUUAUGUUUUAGGCAAAGCUUUUUGACCUUAACUGUUCCAACUUGAAACUAACAGCAGAAUGCCCUUUGAUUUUUAACUGAGAGCUGUACUGAGCCCUUUACCCCAUUCUUCACACUUUCUGGAGGAUUGCUGUCUUAUCUAAAGCAGUCUCUAAUAUUAUGGCUUGUCAACUGUAAGGCAGACUGACUUCCUCCUUAAGCUGAUUUUUUAGUAACCACUAAAUAUUCAUUUAAUUUUCCCACUGAUAGGCACUGAUAGGCAUUAAUGGUAAUGAGAGGAACUCAGAGGCCAUCAACGGGAGAAUAGACCUGACCCUGAAAGCAUAAUAGGAUCAGCAGAUGAGCGCGUUGGUACAGGAUAACACCUGCAACAUAAGCAAAUGUAAUUUAAAUUAUGAACAGAGGGAAAAAGCAAAUAUCAGGAGACUGUUAUAAAUUAAAGUAUUCAAUUAUUAUCUCUUCUUUUUGUUUCUUCUUUACUGUUCACUGUCAGAACAAGCCAUCCAAGAAUUCUUUAUUUUUGGCCUAUUUAACUCAACUGCCAGGUUUUGCAGUACACCAAAGCUGGAUUUUGGCCUAUUUUGUUGGUCACUUUUAAGGGAGAAGUCACAGGAGCAUUUACUUGUCAGUGAAUCAAUACCUGAUAGAGUGAUCUCAUCUGAGAGUGAGAGCGUUAAAAUAAGUGAUGGCUUGAUACCGAGUUAUCUACAAUGACUCAGAUUCUACUCUUGGAGCCUUGUGGUCCUUGGAAGACCCUGCUCAGAGAAACAGUUGUGGAAACUGCACAUAUUCAAAGCUGCACAGAUUUGUAUGAGCACUUUAUGGCUUCUGACCUAAUACAUUUUAGAGAUAUAAGAAGGGUGAAUAGUGUUCAGAAUGGAUACACACUGGCUUACAAAGACUUGUGUAGCCUUAAGAACUUAUUACUGCCCCUCCAUAAAUUCAAGCAGGAUUUCUUCCUUUCCGCAGACUGCAGAAAGCUUGUGCACCAGGCUUAUCUGCUUAUACCUACCUAAAUAUGGCACAGUUAUAUUGAUGUUAGCAAGCUUAGUCCAGAUGUAACAUGGUACAACUGAAUAAUUUGGUCUGACAUAGGCUGGAUCAGGUUUCAAUGCAUAGGCUUUUGCUGGUACAAUGUAAAAUAAGGUCCUUAUGAGCUGAACAUGCCAGGAGUUAGGAAAGCGGGUAGUACUGCUUGUUUAGGAAUGGAAAACAGGAACCAACUAUGCCCCAGAAAACGGGCAAGGUUAGCCUAAUAGCAAGUAGGGAACGCCAGCUGCGUUAUAUGUUAUUUCGUUCACUUUCUUGGAAACAUCUACUGGCAGAGCUCGUGUAAAGCCCCCAAGACUUGCCUAUCUCUGAGAAUCCCACUCAGUAGAGCAAAAGCAGUAAUAUAAUACUAUGAAGGAAUACCUCAUGGACAUUCAGGGAUGUAGUUAACGUCAUCCUUUUUCCUCUUGUGUCUGAGGACAGGAGUUGCCCACUGUAUCGAGUUAAUUCUUUUGCUGUGUUUUUCAAAGCCAAUGGACGUUCAUUGCAUGUCUAAGAUUCAAAAUGGAUUGAUGUAUAACUUUGAUUUCCAAAGCAUAAGUUCAAAUGAAUCUACAGAGUUAACUAGAAGCAUUACCAUAACUUCUGAGAUGUAAGGUGAUUUCUAUGCCAUAGUGCAAGCAAGGAGCUGGGCUUUGAACAAGUUUUGAUAGCAAAUUUUGCAAAUGGCUUGUUAUACUGUUUUAAGAAAAUUUGUAAGCAGUUGAAUGUAUUAGGGAACAGUAACAAAACAAAAGAUGGAGCAGUGAUCUUUUUUUACUAUACAGCUAGUUUGCUGUCCUUUCCAGUAAACCACAAGGUUCAUUACUGCUUGGUACUGUUUCAUUUAUGAUAACUGUUUUUAAAGUGAUUUUCAUGACAAAGUGUAAUUAGUGAAACUUUUAUUCAAUUUUUCCCUUUCUUUGCUUUUUUUAAGGAGAAAUUUCUCCUUAUAUAGUAUAUAUACUUUCUUACAGAGCUUUCUUACCUAUUUUUAUAUAAGGUGAUUUAACAAUGUAAAAUUAAAUGCUCUAUGAGCAAAGCUAUAUCACUGUUAAACAAUCUAAGUGCUAAAAUAAUGACUAAGGGCCUGAACCCUACUGCCUUUCGCUCAGGUCCUGGUUUAACCACGCUUCUUUCAUGCUGUGUAGUACCUUUGCCCAUAAGCAGGUCCAUCUAUGUCUUUGAGAUGACUCAGGGAAAGGUACUAUUAACAUGAAUAACAGUGGUAAAACUGAGCCUCUUCUCCAUUCUUAGUGGGACAUCUGUCAUGAGUAAAGGCUGCUGACUCUGUCCCAAAAUUAUAGAUUAUAGUUCCCUUGAUCUUCAGUAAUUUUGAACUUGUUUUCCGGUGACUAUAAGCUAAUAACUGACAUACAAAUAUUGAACUGUGCUGUUAUCAGCAAGUUUAUUAAAAUGUAUUUCACAUUUUAAUUGAUUCUUUCAUAGAGAUAUAAGAAAUUGGAUUUGUGAAGCAUUAUGCUGCAUAAAGGCAGGACACACAUUCACCACAUUUUUAAUGAGUGUGUUAAAUAUACAGUAUGUAGCAUUUUCUUGCGUACUUUUAUAUAGUCUGUACACCACCGAUGCACUCGGUGCCUUGUUUCUUUUUGUACAAAACUAAUAUUUAGAGAAACUGAUGUUAUCGUGUGUAAACAAUGUCACUGCAGUUCAAGAGAUGUCUUAACCUGAUUAUUCCUAGUACAGGAGGUUUUAAAUGGCUAUUCAGUUCAACAUAAUGCAUUUCUUUGAUUUUUAAGCAGUCCCUUUUCCUUCCUCAUCCCCCUUUCCAAGAAACCUCCUCAUACAACUGUUUGUUCUUAAUCGAUUCCUGUGUCUGAUGUAAGUCACAUGGUGUUAACCAAAGAACCAAGUCUGUUUCUCAUUCUUUGGGCAAAUAAUGUUUGGACUCGCUAUUACUUAAAGACAGAAAUGAUAUAAUGGAUCUCUUUGAACAAAAAAUAAAAUAGGCUUCUGUAAAUGUGAUUCACAGCUGAGGAUUCGAGAUACCUCUUCUCUUACUGGUUGUGCACUUUCGCGUCAGUAGCAAAGCGUUUGAUUUGCAUUUCUUUGUGUGUUUUAAUCAAACUCACAAAACAAAUAGAAAGAAACAGUGCUGUCAAAUUAGCCUAUUUUACCCAUUUUAUACAUAUGUCAGAAGUUUACAACUGCGAGAACACAGGUAGGUUCAAGUUUUUCUGUGUCUAAAGUCCUGAUAUUAUAUAAUACUAGCUAGUGUAUACUGGUCUUACAGAAACAGACUCAUGCUGCAUUAUAUGUACAUUUCCUAUUAAUAUCCUCUUUCUUGUGUAAUUUAUGUAAUAUAACACUAUUUUCAGCUACUGUUUCAACUUGAAAUUCCUUAAGAGAGAAUGCAUGUAUAGCCUUAAACAUUCAAGACACCGGGACGUUUUAAAGGGACUAGGUCAUAUUUGCAAGUCCUUUUUGGCACAGAAAUCAGAAAAUUAUUUUUAUAUAUCAGCCUGUUAAAAAUUGCGGAAAAUGAGUAUAUUGCAGUCAUGUUACCAACCACACUCAACUCCUAAAUAUAUGCACUUACAAAAAGCAUUUCUGCCGACCUCUUUGGAGGUGAAAUAUCAGUGCUCGUUUUAUUUUCGUUCUUGAAUUUCCUUGUUUUGUUUUUAGAGCCUCUUCAGUUUUAUAUUUUGAUUUCUGUACUGAAACCUGGAGCCCGUAACUAAUGUGUGUGACUGAAUUUGCCACUAUUUUCAGAAUUCCUUGAUCUUCUUUUCUUUUCUGGUAUAUUUUAAGUAAAUAAAAUUCUCUAUAUUGGUUUUACAUUUUGGCAGUAACAAAAUCAGAAUGAAAGGUUUUUUUUUUUUCAACAGUUUAUAUGGCUUAUUGAGUUCUUAAGACUUUGUUUGAAACUGUCAUUAUAAUACAGAUAAAGACUUACUUUUCAUUGCAUUUCAGUCCACUUUAGGUGAAAAUGGCGUUCUGGCAAUGAAUAUGCAGAUCUGGACAUUGGGUGUCAAAUUGUAAAUCCCCAGAGGGUUUUAUAAUUAUGUGUCACUUUGUAUCUACAGUAUCUCCAGUUGUGUGUUGUCAGAGACUUGUUGUUUUGUUUUCUUUAUUAUUAACUAGCAAAAAACUCUUUUAACAUUUUAUGCUAGUAUGUGUUAAUCUUGAGGGUUUCCAGUGUGUAAAAUUAGUUAAUCUUGUCCGUUCUCUUUCUAUAAAAACUGGUCUUUCAGCAUAUGUGUUUCAUUGCAAUUCUGAUUUUGGGGAGAGGCAACAUGCCACCAGCUAUUUGUAGUUAUAUUUACCUAUACAGCACAGGUAACUUUAAUUCCAUGUUAAUUUGAUGAAAACAUGCUGUAGUAUAUUUUCAAACCAUGGAUCUGUCACAACAUUAAAAUGGUCAUUUUACAUA